AUGGUCAUUUUCAAAGGGGGGAACAGGAAGGUGACAUGGGGGGCAGAGCAGCCAUAUCCUGAUCAUCCAGAGAGAUUUGACUGCUGCACCCAAGUUCUGUGCAGAGAGAGUCUGACUGGCCGCUGUUACUGGGAGGCUGAGUUGGAUGGAGAUGGAGUCCUGAUAGGAGUGACUUAUAAAGGGAUCAGGAGGAAAGGAGGGAGGGACUGUCUGCUUGGAUUCAAUGACAAGUCAUGGAGUCUGGAUUGUAAUCCUUACAGUUACUCUGUCUGGCACAAUGAUAAACAGACUCUCAUACCCAUAGAGCCCGCAGACUCCCGCAGAGUAGGAGUGUAUCUGGACUGGAGGGCUGGUACUCUGUCCUUCUACAGAGUCUCCUCUGAUGGACUGACCCCCCUGUACAGAUUCACCUACUCAUUCACUGAGCCCCUCUAUCCAGGGUUUCGAGUUUAUUAUAACUCCUCAGUGUCACUGUGA